GCUGCGCUCGCCUCUUUCCCUCACAUCCAGACCGCAGACAUGGCUCCAUAAGGUUGCACACGGCGGCUAUCAGCCAUGAACCAAAUAACAACUCACAAAAAACUACAGAUGCAAAUCCGGUUUGAUUGAUUUUCGACCGAUCAACUUCUACAUCCGCCGCAAUAUUCCUUAAGUUCGGAUCUCAGCAUUCGGGAGAGACUGCUCGCUCGCAACACUCUCCGUUUCCUCCAGACACUUUAACGUUCAUACUAAACCCAAAAUAACAGACAUCACACUUUCGGACAGCAGUUAUGGGUGUGCAGGGUUUCCAGGAAUACAUCGAGAAGCAUUGCCCCAACGCCGUGGUGCCGGUGGAGCUCCAGAAGCUCGCCCGCGGAAGUCUGGUCGGCGGCGGCCGGCAGAGACCCCCUCAGACCCCGCUUCGGUUGCUGGUGGACGCCGAGAACUGCUUGCACAGGCUCUACGGCGGCUUCUACACCGAUUGGGUAAGCGGAGGCCAGUGGAACCACAUGCUCGGGUACCUAGCCGCACUUGCCAAAGCCUGCUUCCACGGCAACAUCGAGCUACUGGUGUGCUUCCAUGGCGCCCUGGAGAAAGGCCGUCUCCACGAGUGGGUCAAGCGACAGGUGAACGAGACGCAGACCGCCCAGCAGAUCGUCAGCCACGUCCAGAACAAGGGCACCCCGCCGCCCAAGGUCUGGUUCCUGCCUCCGGUGUGCAUGGCCCAUUGCAUCCGCUUGGCGCUCCUCAGGUUCCACAUCGGGGUUGUCCAGACAAUCGAGGACCAUCACCAGGAAGUAAUUGCCUUAUUUAGAGAAAAUGGGUUCCAUGGCUUGGUCGCCUAUGAUUCUGACUAUGCCUUGUGCAACAUCCCAUGCUACUUCAGUGCCCAUGCUCUUAAACUGAGCCGCAAUGGCAAGAGCCUCACCACCAGCCAAUACCUGAUGCAUGAAGUUGCCAAGCAGCUUAAUCUCAAUCCAAAUCGUUUUGUCAUUUUUGCUUCACUUUUAGGUAAUCACAUACUGCCUGAUGAAGACUUGGCUGCCUUUCACUGGAGUUUACUUGGUCCUGAGCACCCUUUAGCAUCCUUGAAGGUCCGUGCACACCAGCUUGUUCUUCCUCCUUGUGAUGUCGUCAUAAGGGCUGUAGCUGACUACGUCCGCAACCUACAAGAUGUCAAUGACCUGGAAGCUAUUUCUAAAGACGUAUUCAAGCACUCUCAGUCCAGAACCGAUGACAAACUUGUCCGUUUCAAAAAAGCAGUGGAGUAUUACGCAACCGCAAGCAGGCCUCUUCACUUCCCUCCCUAUUUGGUCAGACUAAAUCAGAUGGGAGUGCCAACAGCACCACAAAUGCUUAACAUUCCACAGACCUCCUUUCCAGGCAAACCUGGGGUGCAGCAUGGCUAUUCUGGCCCUCCACUGGCUAAACCGACUCAUGAAUUGGACCUGUCGGGUAAAGAGCUUCUAGAUCAGAACAGCUACAGCAACAUUCCUCAAGAAGGGAAGCAGCACACGCCCCUCUACGAGAGGUUGUCCCCCGUUAACACGGCUCACGGCGAUAGCUCCAACCACACGGACCCAGCCUUCUUCGCCACGUCCUCCACAUCCUCCUCCUCAGAGAACGAGGAGAACACCGCUUCCACUGCCAAUCAUGUGAGUGAUCAUAAGGGAUGGGACAAACGAAGUAAUCAGAUGGACAACAUCCCAGAAGGAGACCAUGGGGACCAAAAUAAAUCUGAUCUUUCUGUGACAUCCCCUGUAAACCAAGGCCUGGAGGUCAGAGGUCACAUUGGGGUCAAUGCUCAGAUUCCAUCCCUCCUUUCGAUGACAACAAGGAACCAUAUGGAUAUCACGAUUCCCCCUUUACCAGUGGUGGCGCCAGAGGUGCUACGGGUCGCUGAGCACAGACACAAAAAGGGCCUCAUGUACCCGUACAUCUACCAUAUUCUCACUAAGGGUGAGAUUAAGUUAUCUGUCACCAUUGAAGAUGAAGCUAACAAAGACCUGCCCUCAGCGGUGCAACUGUACCGGCCAAUCCGUCAGUAUGUUUACGGGGUGCUCUUCAGCCUGGCCGAGGCCAAAAAGAAGGCAGAGAGACUCGCCAUGAGGAGAAAUUUUCUCCCUGAAUAUCCUACAGUGAUGGUAAAAGAAUGGGCUGCUUAUAAAGGUAAAUCUCCACACACCCCUGAACUAGUGGAGGCUCUUCCUUUCCGGGAAUGGACGUGCCCUAACCUGAAGAAACUCUGGCUGGGCAAAGCAGUGGAGGAUAAGAACCGGAGGAUGAGGGCUUUCCUGGCCUGCAUGAGGUCAGACACUCCAGCUAUGCUGAACCCUGCCAAUGUCCCGACACCUCUCAUGGUGCUGUGUUGCGUGCUAAGGUUUAUGUUACAAUGGCCAGGAGUACGAAUUUUGCGUCGUAACGAACUUGACGCUUUCCUAGCUCAAGCACUUUCUCCUAAACUUUAUGAGCCUGACCAGCUGCAGGACCUGAAGAUUGAUAACCUGGAUCCACGCGGUGUUCAGCUGGCUGCUCUUUUUAUGAGCGGCGUGGAUAUGGCGCUGUUUGCCAAUGAUGUGUGUGGGCAGCCCAUUCCCUGGGAACACUGCUGCCCGUGGAUGUACUUCGAUGGCAAGCUGCUACAGAGUAAACUCAUCCGGGCCAACGGGAACAAAGCUCCUCUCAUUGACCUCUGCGAUGGUCAGACUGAGCUCGUUGCCAAGGUAGAGAAGCUGCGUCAGAGUAUCCUGGAGGGUCUGAACUUCUCUCGGCCACCCCAUCCCCUCGCCUUCCCCCCUCCACCUCCACACACAAUGCCUUUUUACCCUCCCAACGGCACCUUCUACCCCCCACCACCUCUGCCUCCAAUGCAGGGUAGAGGCAGGGGGAUACAUGUUGGACUGCAAGCCAUCCCCUCACAGGGUGGCAAACUUGAGAUCGCAGGCACAGUGGUGGGUCAGUGGGCUGGCAGCCGUCGUGGAAGAGGAAGAGCCUCUUUUCCCAUUCAGGUGGUGUCAGUUGGUGGACCAACCAGAGGUCGACCAAGAGGUGUGAUUUCCACUCCUGUUAUAAGGACCUUUGGUCGAGGAAUCAAAUACCACAGUAGAGGUUUCAAGAAUCAAGGAUCAUACCAGAUCAAGCCUGCAUAUGCUGCCUCAGCCAGUGAAGUGAUAAAAGACAAAACGAAGCCCAAGCUGGCAACCAAAAUGCCACAUCUGAUCUCAGAAGGGUCCACGGCAGCCGAGAAUGGCCUGGAGGAUAAAGAGGCAAAGCAGCUCAAUGGGAACAAAGGGGAAAGCAGGGCUCCUAACCAACCUGAAAGUGCCUUUAGCAACGAAUCUAAAUUGUGCAAUACGAAUCCUCAUUUAAAUGCACUAAAUGUAGACAGUGAAGGCCACAGAGAUGAAGAUCUCGGGGCUGCUGUCUUAAAAACAGAAGAGUAAACCUAUUUUUAUAGAGGGGGUGAAGGUUGAUGGAAAGUUUAAGGUUAAGGAAUAUUUGGAAGAAUGGAAGGCCUACAGUGUGUGUACAUUUUUUCCUCUCCGAAAGCUAUAUAUGAGGACUGAUGAGAUUUUUGAAAUCCCUCUUCGAUAUCAGUGAGUUAAAACCACAAGUAAUGAGCUAGAGGAUACCUCUCAGUAAACAUAGACAAGUAUACAAGUUAUAUAGAGAAUUUUACCAGUUUAAUGUUGAAAGACGGUGUUCUACUUCGUCACUGAUAUUUCCUGUUUCUGACGGGUUUCAUGAAAUGAUUUACUUUCGCAAUGAAUUACAGAAACCGAAAUACUAAUUUUCAUUUGCUAAGUCUUUUAGUUUAGAAAGUUGAGAUUCAUGUUCCCUGUACUUGGCACCAUAUAUUGCCAUUUUAAUUAAGUUUGUAUUGUCACAGUAAACGCUUUCUUAUUUUUUUGUAUGUAAAACUCACAAAUGAAAAGGAGAAAAUCCAAAACACAUUUCUCACGUGUCAUCGCUGUGAGUUUACUCGUGUUGUUUUGACAUUAAGUUAGUUAGUGUUAAUACUGCAACUUAAGUUCUAAUGAUUUUAAAGUCAUACAUUAGCAAUAUAGGUAAUAUGACAAGAAAUGGUUUGAAAAAUGUCAGGAGUUGCAAAUGAACUAUUGGAAAACAUACACGUCUCUCUUUCCGUGUCAGAAAACGCCAUGCAUCGGUGAUCAACGUGGUUUCUUGAAUUUAACAUGGAACAUUAGUACAACUGCCUCGACUGAACUUUAUGCAUGGCUCUCGAUUAAAAAAAAAUCUAAUUAAAAUAAAAAGGUGUGUAGUUAUAAUGCAUGUUGUCCUAUUUCUUGCUUCAUUAAAACUACUGUGCCCAUCUUCAAAAUUAAAAAAGGCUAGUAAUCAGUAAUGGUUCUAUAAAAGGUGUUAACUGUUAGUCAGUAACUGAUUUGCGCUAACUUUUUUUUUUUUGGUGAUUUAUUGACCUGUUGUAUUUACUAAAAAAAUAUAUUAUCUAGCCACUUUAAAUAUUGUUAAUCCUGGUGUAAGCAUCACUGUAUACAUUAUUGUUCUCUGUUGCUGUUUUCUGCAUUCAUACUAGCAAAUCAUCUGUGAAAAAUCAAAAUAUCCCCUUUUUUAUUAGCUCAGCAUAAGUCUGCGAAACAUUUGACCCUCCCAUUUUGAGAGUUUAGCCUAAGCAAGUAAACUUGUAAUCAUUUUGAUGUAUAAUUUUGUGUUUUCAGAAUUUACCGUACUUCUAAACGAGAAUCAUUACUUCUCCAUUUAAUCCUCCUGAUGCUUUUCAUUGCACAAUAGUGAUCAGAAAUAUGGUGUAUCCCCCUCAGUCCCCUGCCGCAAGUCUAAGUAGGUUACCUUGAUGUAAGUUGAUCGGAGUUUCUUCCUAACUCAUGGGUUGUAAAAGAAUGAACUACUGUUGGAUUUGAGUGAUUGUUGAUGGGUUGUGGUGUGAUGUAUUUGAAGGAAAUUGAAUGCAACUUACAAUGCUUAAUAA